AUGGCUACAAAUGAAAAUUUACCUGAGAUAAUGACCAAGCUCUGGGAUAGUAAGGCACAAGGGGAGCAGGAAGAGUUACAUUUGCUUAAAGGAAGUGAUUGUAAUCUCACGAUUGAUAUCACUGAGAAAUGUUUACGUUUAGCACAGCGAAGUGCUUAUCAACUCCAUACAGAAACCAGUGCUACUAAAAGGAUACAGAAGUUUUUUUUACUAGGUAGCCUGAAUAUUAAUAAAGAUGAUAGAGUCAUAAUAAACAUCGAUCGUUUCGAUCCUGGAAGGAUAAUAGACAGAAAAGAAGGAAACAAGUCUCUUCAUGUUCCAACUGCUGUAAUCCCUGGUGAUGUGAUUAUACCCUUAUCUAUGCAAUUGGCCUGCUUAGGGUCGGAAGGCGUGUCGCCAUUCAGCAUCAGUGAAUAUUAUGAUGCAUUUCAGACCUUAACAAAAAACCUGAAGCUAUCGUGUGACAGUGUGGAUAUCAAGGACAUGCUUUCUUUAAAGAUUCAUGCUACAUAUUAUGUAGAUAGUGAUGAAAUUUCUAUUAAUGUUACAAGUGGGGUCGUUGUUCCAUCUGCUUUAAUUACCGCUGUUCCUAUUUUACCGGUGUCAAUCGUACCAACUGCUUUAGCACGUAGCUUGUCUGGUCCUUUACAUUUGAGUAAUUUCCAAGAUACACAAAAGUCGGGGUAUGUAGCCAUAAAUAAUUCCCAUAAUUUACUACUGGUUUUGGAUUCAGAUCCGAAGCUAUCUUCUAUACCUCUAGUUGGAAUAUGGGUUGAUGGGGUAAUAAGCAUCCACCAUCCUUAUGUAUGGUCAGCUUGCAUGAGAUAUCUCUAUAGCCAAAGGCUUACAAACAAAAUUCGUGAUGGAUCAACUGGAUUUAUACUAGUUUUGUAUACGCAAACUAGACCUAAACCAGAAUUUUGGGAAUGUUCAUUUUCGGGAAAGUCUGAUAAGUUUCUUUAUUGCCAAGCCAGUGAUGAUAUUUUCAUGGAGAAGGUCGCUAAAACUAGAAACGAGUAUAUGCGUUUACAACUCGUACCAAAUUAUAUGAAUAGUGCUUUUCUCAGAGCAAAAGAAAGUUUUAUAAUGGAAAGUAAUAGCGGCGAAAAGCGAGAUUUUAUAGAUUCUAAAUCACCUGAACCACGACCUACCCCUACCCCAUAUUCUAGGGAUAUUCAGAAUAUAAAAGGUUUACCUGAUCAAGAAGUAGCUAACGGCUUGAAUGAGUUAAGUCUUUCAGUCGAGGACGAUACGUCGUGUACUUCGGAUUCUGAUGAUUGUAUCGACCAAGAGGUACCGGGUGUAAUUGCUAGUGAAGAUGAUAAUGUUGAUAAAGAUUUAAGAAAUCCAGCAGCGGCAGCCCAAGAAGAAUCCUUAAGUAACACUGCAGCGGUUGUAGAAAUUAAUCAUUUAGCGUGUGAUACAGAUCAGACGGUCAAGCAAUCAAAUUCGGUUGUGAAGGACAGAAAUAUCGAGUCAUUGAAGGACGAUAAGUUAGCCGAUGAUAUGUCCACAAAGGCAUUAAAUGCAGGAGUAGGCGAUGAAUUAAAUGAAACUUACGAAACUCUAGCACAAACAGAGCUAAAGAAGCUCUCAGCUCUGGCUCAUGUAAGAAGGAGGAAGGAAUUGAUUUGGACGGCGUUGACGAAUGGAGAGGAAAGAAAGGCGGUACCGUUCGGAAAUGGUAAUGAAUCUUUCAAUGUUGAAGACGAUAAAUCUAAAUCCUUGCCAUCAAUGGAUAGCCAAGGUGAUGGUCGCCUUAGCAAUGAUUCUUCAAUAGUGCAGUCGGACUCUGAUUCUGAUAAUAGAAAAGUAUCUAUAAAUCAAGGCAAUGCAGGAGAAAAGGGUCAAGAUAGUUCGAUCGCUAGUGCUAGUAGUAAAGAAGAAUCAAAACUGAUUGUGGAAAGAACUCAUGAAAUACAGUUACAUAAGAUUACGAAGGAAUGGAAGAAAUUCAAUACUGGUAAGGACGGGCAAUGGGACAAGGAAAAUUCUAUUACAUCUAUGUCGCACCUAAUUCCUGAUAUGGACAGACAAGAUGAAGUUAACUUUAAAAAGACAGUAGGAAAGAUUACCGAUAACAGAUUUCUUCAAGGUUAUUCCUUUGACGAAUUUCCAGAUGACGAUUGCGAAAGUAGCUCUCAUGAAUCUACGAAUAUAGGCAGCAGUCUUGUCCCAUCAGCUGAACGUAUAUGCGAGAAAUACUUAAAACAUUUUCGACCUUUACAGUCGCUAAAAUAUGACAACAAUAUGUCAUUUGCAACGGUGCGUUACAUGGAAAAACAUAAUCUAUUAACUGUUAAUGAUAAAAACUUAGAGAAACAUAAAUAUCAUGAGACACCAAUCAAUGUCAAUGAGAUACCGAAUAGUCAUCGCUACAGAGCAUCCAUUACAGAAUCAAUAGAAAUUAUUGACAGAUCAAAUAAUGAAGACACAUUAAAGUCAAGCAAGAGGUCGAAUAUGAAAGUGCUAGAUAUCAGUAGACUAAAGCAUUUACCGAAAUUAAUGUAG